AUGACCGAUCAGGCCGGUGCGUGAGUUGAGUAUGUGACCUCAGUUAGGACGCGUAUGAACUGAAUCCACAUCGCUGGAUUUGGGAGGGUUGGUGGUGAUGGUAAAAGGUGGUAGGACAUCAGACACCGUCCCAUCGGUGGUAGCAGUCCGUGAAAUGGUUAAGAUGAUGAUGAUGAUGAUGAGGAGGAGGAGGAGGAGGAGGAGGAGGAUGACGACGACGAUGAUGAUGCUGAUGAUGAUGAUGAUGAUGAUGAUGAUGAUGAUGAUGAUGAUGAUGAUGAUGAUGAUGAUGAUGAUGAUGAUGAUGAUGAUGAUGAUGAUGAUGAUGAUGGGAAUGCUGGCCGCUGCAGUCGAUGCAGCCGUUGGGGCUGGGCGGAUGGUCUCGGUGAAUGGUGGUGGCGGAACAGCGACAGUGUGAUCGGCGGUGACGGGGAUGGCGGUCGGCGCGGGGUUCGCAGUGGUGGUGGGAGUGGGAUAAGAGGUAAACGUCGUCAUGUUCAACGGGACUGAUUCGUGCGCGGAAGGCCCGUUUUCAGGGCAGGCAUGUUGGACACGAUGAAUGGUUGGCACUGAUGCGACGAGGCACUUGUGGGUUGCGAGUCUCCCGUGUGGCUUUGGCGGCGACGACCUGAUUUGCUUCGUGGAUGAAAGCACCAGUCUUCAUUUCUUUUCUACCGACCGGUCUGUUCUGGGCGAGGUUCCCCCAGGUCUCCCUAUUGAUAUGCAAUCCCUUAAGAGAAUUCUUGAAUGUGUUCUUGUAGCGUCAUUUUCGGCCUCCCGGUCGGCGAGCACCGGUGGAGCCAUUACCAUCGAAGAGUUGUUUCGGCAGAAGUAUAUCUUCCAUCAGCACGAGCUGGCCGCUCCGUCUUAGUUUCAGCUGCCUCAGCAUGGUGCGGAUGUUGAGGAUUCCGUUCCGUUUUAGAGCUUCAAUAUCUGGGAUCCUGUCUUACCAUCUUAGCUUUUGUGUUCUGCGAAAGCAGCUGAGAUGGAAGUGGUUGAGCUUCCUGGCCUGGCUUGCGUAGACGGUGCCGGUCUCCGUUUCGUAGAGAAGUGUCUUCAGAAAGAGGCCUUCUACAUCUUCAAUUUGGCGUUCAGUUGAAGGUCGUGGCGAUUCCACACGGAUUUCUGCAGCCGGCCGAAGGCUUGGUUGACUUUAAGAUCCGGAGGGCCACUUCGUUGUCGAUUCUGAUGCAGUAGAGAUUGCGCUGCCCAGAUAGUUGAAGUUAGCCACGGUCUUCACUUAGGUUUCCUUGACGCGGUACGAGAGACACUGUAUUCAGCAGUUGGUGGCCGUUGAUGUGUGAUCACCUUCUUGUUCAUAUAGAUGAUCAGUCCGAGGUGGGCGCUACCGGCAGCGAAGAAGUCCAUGCUCCGUUGCAUGUCUUCUUUAGUCGUGCUGUUGGUCGUGCAGUCGUCUGCGAAGAACAGAUCGUGGGCAGUAGUUGUGGAGAGACGCGUCGGGGCCUGCAUUCGCCGGCUCUUGAGAAGGUGCCUCUCGGUCCUGUAGUCGGUGCGGGUCCCGGGGCGUUCGUCAUGGUAGGCGUCCCUUAG